AGCGCCUUUUCCGUUUUCUGACGGCUCGUUGUUCCUCCUCCUUCUGCCGUGUCACUGGACUAAAAAAAAAGAAAAAAAAAAAGAGGAAGGAAUAUGGUUUGGUGCGACGCUCCUCCCGUUUAGUAGCGGAUCUCUGCAAACACGGACAGGAGGCUGUCGGUCCGGGUAAAAGCCGCCUCCAACACCUGAGACUAUCGCCCACAGUCCUGCAGGAAAGCAGCCAGCACACCGCGACUCAUAAAUGGUGGAGGCCGUGGUGGAGUUCGACUAUGAAGCUCAGCAGGACGAUGAGUUGACCCUGACGGUGGGCGACAUCAUCAAGAACAUACGGCGGGACGAUGGCGGCUGGUGGGAGGGCGAGCUGGGCGGACGCAGGGGGUUCUUCCCCGAUAACUUUGUCAGGGAGUUAAAGAAAGAUGGGAAGAGAGAUGGAGGACAGGCGGGGAUGAUUAAGUCUGAACUCUCCAACGGCAGGGCCAGCCCGGUGUCGGACACCAGCGUGCGACCUGGAAAGAAAGGAGAGCAAAUCCGUAAGCGAAGAUGUAAGGCUUCCUUCAGCUACGCACCUCAGCAUGAAGACGAACUGGAGCUGAAAGUUGGAGAUGUCAUCGAGAUCAUCGCAGAGGUGGAGGAGGGAUGGUGGGAAGGGACUCUUAAUGGGAAGAUUGGAAUGUUUCCCUCCAAUUUCACCAAAGAGAUCCUGUCAGAUUCGGACGCUCCCUCCCUGGAAACUCCCAACUCGCAGGAGGAGAUCCGCCACAGCCGCACCAGUAAAGACAGCCCCGGCAGUGAAAGCGAUGGAGGAGACAGUCGGUCAGAAUCAGGGUCAGAAAUCCAACCUAAGAAGAUUCAGGGGAUUGGCUUCGGUAACAUCUUCAAAGACCAGCCCAUCAAGCUCCGGCCGCGCUCCGUGGAUCUGGAUUCAGAAAAGGUCAACGAAGGGAAAGGAGUGAGUGUAGCAGCUGAAACCAUGAAGACCGAACCUGACGGCAAAGCUAAAGUGCGGGAGCAAUGUAAGGUCCUUUUCCCAUAUGAAGCACAAAAUGAAGACGAGCUGACGCUGAAAGACGGGGACAUCAUCAAUAUUAUCACAAAGGAAUGUGCCGAUGCAGGUUGGUGGAUGGGGGAGAUCGGUGGAAGGCAAGGUGUUUUCCCAGAUAACUUCGUCAAACUGCUUGAAGUUGAGAAAGAGAGACCAAAGAAACCGCCGCCGCCCAGUGCUCCAUCAGCCAAACACGCCACAGAGAAAAAAUCAGAAGCGAAGAAGAUUCCUCCUGAGCGGCCUGAGCAUCUGCCUCAAAGAGACCCGGAUCGAGGUGAAGAGAUGAAGGUUGGAGAAAUUGUUAAGCCCUCCCUCCCAGCUCACCUUCCCAAGAAACCCCUCCCCCCAAAGUCAAGCUCUUCCUCUUCCUCCCAUCCCCCACGGCGUCCAGAGAGGCCGCCUACAUUAGCGUGUGAAAGCCCCAAGUCUGAGGGCGGGGCUUCAACACCAGAUUCUGCCCCUGACAGGUCACAGGCCACCGAUCUCGACCUAGACGCGGUCGUCUCCUCGACAGAGAAGCUGAGCCACCCGACGGCGUCGCGGCCGAGAAUCACAGACCGCCGGCCUCGUUCCCAGAUCAUCACACCUUCGUCUCUGUCCAGCAUAGAGCUGGAGUCUCCCACAGUGGAGGACAGGAAGGACAGAAGGAAAGACGACCAGGAGUCCAUCCCUGUAAAGAAAGGAGUCCCAGUCAUCCCAGUACAUGACGUUAAAGCCCCGUUACCCAAACCCUCCAUCCUGCCCCCGCCUAACUCCUGCCACCGCUCUAUGUCCCCGUCCUCCUCCUCGGGUCUGACCCCGUCCCCGGAGCUCCGGCAGUCGCCGCUCACGCCGACGCCGCAGACACUGGAGGAACUCAGGAACCAACUGAGAGACUUGAGAGCCUCCAUAGAGAUGCUGAAGCACCAGCACAGGCAGGAAAUGAAGCAGCUAGCCAACGCUUUGGAUGAGGAGAAGAAGAUACGUAUUAGUUUACAGGUGGAAGUAGAGCACAUAAAGAAGAGCCUGUCCAAAUGAGGACUGAAGAAUCAAUUUCUCAUCGCAUCUGAGGCCACAU